AGAGCUAAAGUAUUGGCCACAUCUGCUUCUGGAUUUCCUGGGUUUACUCCUCAGUCUAUUCUCAGAUCCAGCCUUCGCACCACACCCCUUGCAACUCCUUCUGCAUCUCCAGGGCGAUCAGUUACUCCUCCUCUACGAGCAAAGGAACCUAGAAUAUCUUUCAUGGAAGAGAACUCGAAUGCAGAAGGGACUGUUGGGGUAAGAGAAGAUGGUAAAGCACUACCUGGAGCUUUGUCUGAGUAUCAUCAUGAAGUGGAAGAGGGUGCUUGGUCUGAAAGUAGAGAGAAAACAACUCUAUUUAGUCUGAGCAAUCCUGAGGAUGAUUGUACUGAAAUGGAAGAGUAUUCAGAAAGCAUUCCUGGAGAUGGUUUGGAGAAAAUGGAUGUUAGCAAAGAAAAUAGUAACUUCUCUGCCAGAUCUGACCAAACUACUUUGGAGUAUCAUGAUGCAAAAUCACCCGGUGAUUUUGAAGAUGAUGUCAUCUUUAUAGCUGCUAAACCAGCUAAUUCUUCCACUAAAGAACCGACCUGUGCUCAAGAAUUGGAGAAGGAAGAAGACGGUGAAAUGGUUGAAAAUAAACUCUUCCAGAUGGAACAACCAGAUUCAUCAGAACUAAAAAUAGAAGCUGGUUUAGUGGAAGAAUCAAGUGCUGGAUGUCUUACCUUUUCUGAGGAUGGUAAAUUGGUGUUUAAAGCUGCCGAGGCUGCUCCUUUUAGGACUGAAAGUGAAAGUGAAAGAAACCACCAGGAGUCCAAAAUGUCCUCUUCGUCAGAAGAAAAAGCCAUACCCAUUGCAACAAAUCCACAGCUUUCUGAAUCCCCGGAGGCAGACAGUGAAUCUGUGAUAAGUAUCCUUGACAGUGAGGAUGUGGUGAGUACUCAUUCAGAAAAAUGCCUUGAGGGGAAGCGUGUGGAUUUACCUGAAGAACGUAACCUAGAAGCAGCUGAAGUUGAAGAAAAUGUUCCUUUUCCGCAGGAAGAAUUAACCAAUUCUAACAAUCUUCCUAAAUCUGAGGAAAUCCAUGUUACUGAAGACAGUGCGGUUAAGGCACAAGCCUCAGAAGAAGCACCUGAAGCAUCACCAUAUAGUGAACUACAUCCAUCAAGCAAUCUUCAAUACAGCUAUGAUACUAUAGAGCAACAGUUUGCAUGUGAUUUGCCUGAUAAUGGAGAUGGUGAAUGUGAUGCAGCUGAGGGAGAUGGAGAGCUUUUUAUACCUCAGAGUAAUUUUACUUUAGUCUUGGAAGGAGAAGAAGGUGAAGCAGAGAUGGAAGACCCUACAUUAGUAGAUGCUUCUAAACCAACUGGCACAACAACAGGGGAAAAAUCUGUGAAAAGUUUAGGAAAUACCGAAAACCAGGAACAGGUUACCAACUCAGUGUCCACUGUAACUAGUGAUCAGGAAGCUCAGAAUAUUGCAGAGUCACUUCCAUAUGUGCCUGAACCCAUUAAGGUAGCUAUUGCUGAGAAUUUACUGGAUGUGAUCAAAGACACAAGAAGUAAAGAAUUUACUUCUGAAGUUGUAGAACAGUCUAUUAAUGAAACCAUAAGUAAAAAGGUAACUAGAUUCCAGAAGGCAAAAGCUCCCUUAACAACUGUGCCAGAAGGAGUGGAAGAUGAAACCAGCAGACAUCAAGCAGAGUAUGUUGUCACUCCUAGAACACGCGCAAGGGGACAACGGAGUAGAAACCCAAGUAUUCCGCUGGCGAGCGAUCAGCAACUAGUGAGGACAGACAAACCAGUUCUGUUCGGAUUGUCUCCUAGGAGAAGUACCAGGCGGACAAAAGAAGCAUCUGGGACUUCUAGUCUUCAAACAGCAGAAAAUGCUAAAGAUGAGCAGGUACCUGUGAUGCCUGUUACUCCGAGGAGAGGGAGGAAGCCUAAACUCAGUAAUGUAGAAAAAGUAGAAAGCAGCCAUUCUGAUGGACAAACGUUGUCUGUCAGUGCACAGUCCGUAGCUGUUACUCCAAGAAGAGGAGUAAGGAGAGCAAAGGAAGCUGCAUCUGAACUCUUGGAAGAGGCUAGUGAGGAAACUUCUCUUGCUGAAGGUAGCAUUAUUGCUUCUGCUCCUUCCAGAAGGACUAGAGGAGGACAAAGUUCAGGAGGAGAUCAAGAAACCAGCCAGACUGACAGUGAUCAUCAGAUAAGAACGGCAGUCAGUGCCAGCAGAAGGGCAAGAAAACUGCAAAGCAUGAAUUUACAAUUCACUGAAAGUGCUGUCAGGGAUCAAGAGGUACAGCCUAGUGACCAGGUCCUUUUACCUGUGCCAACUAAAAGGGGCAGGAGAAGAAAGAUGAGUUCAUCGGAAGUUUCAGAAACUUCUGACCUGGAUCUGUCUAAAUCAUCACUUCCUCAAACAGAAUUUAAACUUCCUGUCACUCCUAGAAGAAGUGCUAGGAAGGGGGCACAAAAUCUCUUGGCAGACACAGAAUCUCUCUCUGCUCAGGAGGACAAACAUUCAGGUGCAAAAGUGGAAAUCCUUGAUACUCCUAGGAGAACAAGAAGAAGAGUUACACAUGUGGAAGCCGAAAAAAGGGAUGCUCAUGAGCCAACGCCGGCACAGCCAAGUGAGGAAUCGGCCAGAGCCAGGACUGCAGUGCGGACAGGGCGUCGAGGCAGAAAGAGACGAUCAGUACUGGAGGAGAGCACAGGGGAGGAGGGCUUCUCCCAAGGGCCUGAUGGCAGUCCUUUGCUGCUUGAAGGCAUAAGCCCACCAAGACAUGAUGAAGCAUCCAGAACUUUAACAGAUCGUAUUACAAGAACCAGAUCUCGCAAAGCUGCCGUGCAUCAGAAGCGGUCUGUUGAGGAAAAUGAGUCCUUCCUUUUCUCUCCUCCUCUCACAAAGCUGACAAAGAAGUUCACAG